AUGGUGCAGGCACAGGCUUUUGCACUCUUUCUGGCCAUCAAUAAAGGCAUGUUCAAACUUGCUGGUGUCUGCAGCCUUCUUGGGAACUGGAUGCAAACCCUGAGUAGAAGGAUCAUUGGUGGGAAGGAAGUGAAGCGCCACUCCAGACCAUACAUGGCUUAUUUAAACAUACAAGUUUUUAUUCAAAUUUCAAAUCGGACUAGUCGCUGUGGAGGGUUCCUGAUUCGGCCAGAUGCAGUGCUCUCAGCAGCUCACUGUGUGGCUAAAGAAGGGAGAGUGAGGGUCACUGUGAUUCUGGGAGCCCACAACAUCAGGGCCCGAGAACGGAGCCAGCAGAGGAUCCGUGUUAGAGACUGGGUCAUCCAUCCCAAAUAUUCCCCUGCUGGCUUCAAAAAUGACAUUGUAAUACUGAAGCUGAAGCCAAGGGCAAGGAUCAAUAAGAAUGUGCAACCCAUCUCCAUACCCAGAAGCAACGAACAUGUGAGAGCAGGAACAAAAUGUGAGGUGGCUGGCUGGGGAGUGAUGUCUUGGACAGGGCACCCCAGUGAUGUGAUGAUGGAGGCGGAACAGGAGGUGCAAAAUGAGAAGCCAUGUAAGCAAUUGUUCCGUAACUACCAGCGUCGGUCUAUGAUGUGUGUUGGGGAUGAGAAGAGUGGAAAGGCGCCUUACAAUGGUGAUUCUGGUGGCCCAUUAGUCUGCAAUCAGAAGGCUUAUGGCAUUGUUUCUCAUGGACUUGAAGACAAUCUCUUCCCUAAGGUAUUCACCAGAAUCUCGUAUUUUGAGUCCUGGAUACGUCAGCAGCUGGGGAUGUUUGCACUCCAAGAGCUGCCUGGCUCUCCAUCCUCUGACUAAAAUGCUCAGUGCCCCUUCUCCACAAUGCAUCAAACACCUGCUGGUGCUGAGAACCUCCCAGGGGCAGCUGAACUGGGCUCAGAGAAGCCCCCAUGGUGCAGGCACAGGCUUUUGCAGUAAGGAGAGUCUCUGUGGCAAAGUGAAAAUGCAGGUCCCAAGUACACACAGCUUCCCGUUGUUCCCUUUCUCCCACUG